CUGCCCAUGUGGGCACUUCCAAAUAAAACUCCAGAAUCGAUGCCUCAAAUACAUUGGAUGUUCACUAAACAACACAGAUAUGAACAAAACAAAUACACCCACAAAGGAAAACCAGAAGACUCAAUCUUUGUUAUAAAACACAACUUCUCUCUUUUUAGAGUCUCUCUGUCUCUUGUCUUCUUCCUUUUAACUUUUUUCUUUUUAAUCUUUUGUAAUCACUUGUCUGAAAAGGACAUGGAUCGUGUAAGUUCAAGUGAUUUACUUAUUGAUGAUCUUCUUGAAGAUUACUGGUUCUUUGAGAACUUAUUUACAAGGAGAUCAAGAGGCUUGAGGUAUUGUCACUCAGAUCCUUACCCUUCUUCUUCUGCUGAAACAAUGGGAGAUUCAGAUUCGGAGAAGGUUCUAGAAGCAUCUAUAAUCAGGGUACCUUCUUUAGAUAGUAGAGAAGGCGGAUCUCAGAUGAAACUGAAGAGCUCAGAAAAUAUUAGGGUUCAAGAACCGAGGCAAAUUGGCUCUUCCUUGGAGAAUAAGGAACCCGUGGUUCUUCCCAAAUCUGGAUCUCGUUCGGCUCCGGGGAAGAUUCAAGAAGCUUCCACAAAACGUGGGUUGAUCCGAGCUCCUUCUUUGCCGCCUCAGAUAGAAAAAAGAGAGGUGGACCGCGAGGCAAAGAAGAUGAUUAAUAAGCUGACAAGGCAGUUCUCCGAGAAGAUUAGGGUUCUAGAACCGACAACGUCUGGUGAGCGUUUCUUGCAGAAGAAGGAAACUAUGGUACGAGACAAAGGGAUUAGUGAAAGGAACAAAACAAGAAGUAGUAGUAGUAGUGUCAAGAUUUGUUUGCAAAGAACUCAAACGAUGCCGAAUAACAUGAGAAGAGAAGAAGAUAAUGAGGAGGAUGACGACUCAAGAAUGGGAUUCUUGAUCCGUGAAGCCCUCGCUAGCUCACAUAAUGUUCCAAAGGCCUCAAGCAAUCAAAGUCAGAGACCACCAAGAAGCUUGAGAUCAGCUGAAGACACUGUUAUGGUCAAACAAGGGAGCUCGAUCCCCAAAACGCUGCGUAAAACGUUAAGCAGCGUAGAGACAACCAAAGAGAUUCAGAGGCUGAAAGAUUAUGAAGACCAACUGGUCGAGCCACGUGUCGCAAGCGGACUGGCUACACCGCCUAGGGUUCCGAAAGAUUCAAGAAAAGAAAUGAAAGAUCAGAUCAAGUUCUGGGCUCGAGCUGUAGCUACUAAUGUCCGACAAGAGUGCUAGAUUUGUUUUACACUAAUUAACUGUGUUUCUUUUGUAACACUAUCCCGUACAGAUGAUUCUUAUCUUGAACUCUUUUGUGUUUUUUAUUUUUCAUGUCUUCUGAUCCCUCCUGAAAUAAUGAGAUUCCUCUGUUUAUGUGAUGAUGAUGUUCUUCUC